ACAGAUACUACAAACAGGAAGAAUAUAGUGAUUGGAUCACGAAAGAGUCAACUUGCUAUGGUUCAGACAGAGUCUGUGAUGAAGAGUUUGCAGACUCUAUAUCCACAUCUUACAUUUGAGAUACAGACCAUGGAUACAAUGGGCGAUCGUGUACUCAGUGUUGCCCUAUCAAAGAUUGGUGACAAGGGACUGUUCACAAAGGAGCUCGAAGAUCUAAUGAUCUCUGGUCACAUCGAUAUUGCUGUCCACUCUCUAAAGGACCUCCCAACACGCUUCCCUGAGGGACUAGGAUUGGGAGCUAUUACAAAGAGAGAGAAUAGUUAUGAUGCAUUCGUAGCACAUCCAAAGUAUGGCAAGCAAUGCACAUUGGCUUCAUUGCCAAAUGGUGCCGUGAUUGGUAGUUCAUCACUGCGAAGAGUUAGUCAGUUGCGCAAGGCAUAUCCACAUCUUCAGUUCAAUGAUAUUAGAGGCAACUUGAACACACGCUUCAACAAGUUGGACACGACUGGCCAGUUUGAUGGAAUGAUCCUGGCCGUGGCUGGACUCGAGCGACUCGGUUGGACCGACAGGAUAUCACAGAUAUUGGAGCCAGACACUUCUCUGUAUGCAGUGGGACAGGGUGCACUUGGUAUCGAGUGUCGCUCCAACGACCAGUUCAUCAUGAACCUUCUGGAGCCAUUGAAUCAUUAUGAGACUUCACGUUGUUGUCUGGCAGAGAGAGCAAUGCUACGUGAUCUGGAAGGAGGCUGUCAUGUACCAAUCGGUGUCAACACAACAAUCAGUGGCAACCAACUAAUGAUCGAGGGUAUUGUACUCAGUCUGGAUGGUAGCAAGUCUGUCAAGUUGUCACAUCAAGGAGAUAUUGCCACACCGGAACAAGUUGGCAGAGAACUGGCUACAAUGCUCAAACAACAUGGUGCCAUGGAGAUAUUGGAGGAAAUAAACCGUUCAGCAGCAGAGGCCGCC